GCAGCCAAUCAGAGGUCUGCACGCAGGAGGGGCGGUGCCGCUCCCGGCUGGCGUUGGAGGGCGGGCCGGGCUGUGGGGAAGGCGGCGGGCGCGGCUCUGGUUUCCUCUCGCGCCUGGGCGGAGGCCUCCGUGCAGCCGGAGCCAUGACCCGGCACCUCGGCGCUGGCUGCUCCGCACAGGGCUCUCCCGGGGGGACCCCCGGCCGCCAUUUUAAGCCGGCGGCCGCCGGGAGAGAGAGCGCCCGAGACUGCAGAAAUCAGUCUAUUACAGAUUUCUUCAAACCAGCUCCAAAACAAGACAGAAUUGUAUUGUGUUCUCCGGACAAAAGAAAUGUAAAAAAUGGGGAUGUUGAACUGUCGGUCAUAUGUACAGAACGAUUUGAAAAGAAAAUAUCAUCUCAGAAGAAAACUAGAAGGGAAAAGAUUCCAGUCCAAUCGCCAAACAAGAGUCCUGUAAUGGAUGACUUAUUGAGAGGAGCUAACAGAGAGAGAAAGGACAGUCCAAAAAUUUUAGAGAACAAUAGACCAUGCAUGGUGCUAAACAAAAAGUAUCCAAAGGUUGUGGUUCGAAAACUCCUUAUGUCUGCAGGCUCUCCCAACUAUUCCUUGACAAAAAAGGAUACGACUAGUAAGAGAGAACCUGGGAGGAAUGAAACGUGUCCAAUUAAAACAAGAACACCGUUUUAUGAAAAUGGUUGGGAACAGCGGAUUGACUGCGUGGAUCUAGAGGAGGCCAGUUCAGAUGUUGCCAGCAAAUGGGUUUCAACAUCAGAAGCUGACAUCUUAAAAAACUAUGCCAGAAGUAAUGGUAACGUGAACAAUAAACCUUUGUGCCAAAAAGCAGGGCAUUCCACAAAGCUCCAGUACAGCCCCGUUGAAUCUCAGUUUUGGUUACCACUGGAAACUUACUGCAAAGAAGGAGAGAAGAAGAGACAAAGAAUGGAACAACCUAAACUGCAGCCCUUCAGUCCAGUAAAGGUAUUCUUAGGACCAGGUAUAUCAAAUCAGGGCAAUGGAUGUCUUUUAAGAAAAAGAUCAAGCUCUGCUUCAUGGGAGACUGCCUCAGAUGAUUCAUCUCAAUCAAAGCAGGUUUCAAAACCUGAAGUUUCUUCCCCACUUCUAUCAAGAUGGUCAUCUGAAAAGGCUGUUAAUAUAUGGAAAAACCAGUCAUUCCGCCUUAACUCAAAAAUUUCUUCAGGACUGUCCAAACAAAAAGACUUUCCUGGGAAAAAAAAAAGAAUAUCUAUGAAUAUGGAUUUGAAAAGUUCAGGAAAACCUGUGGUACAAAGUUUGAAUGAACCUCAUUUCAGCAGGUCAUCUGAAAAAUACCAAAGUAGAAAGUCUGAAUUCAUUAAACACAUUGUACUAGAGUCUCCAGGAAAUGGUGUUCUGCAACUAGAGGAUGCUGCUAUGUCACAUAGAGAAGACUUGCCUCUUUCAGAGGAAUAUUUUGACAUAAGCCACAAAAAGGAAAAAGGUAAUUCCUCAUAUGUGGGUUUAUCACCUUUAAAUUCUGGACACUGUGCUAAUAAAAAUGACCAAAUCCAUGUUGCAGAUACCAAAGAAAAUCAGUUGCAAGCAACCCGCUCACAUUUCCUCUUAGAAAAGUCAACAUCUCUUUCUCAGGAAAAAGCUACUGUAAAGACUUAUAUCCGUGAAUUAACUAAAACUCAGUCAAACACAGCGUGCACAGAAGAAAUGAAAUGCCUACGUUCUUCUUCCCACAUUCAAAGUGCUAGUUCAUCUCAGGUAUUGGAAACUAAGAAAGAGCAAGACAGAGUGAGACAGACUGAACCUAUCCUUUGUAAAGAUGAUAAUGUACAGCUUCCCUCAGAUUCUCACAAGAACUUUACUAAAUCAAAAGAGAACACUGUAAAGACUUCAGAAGAUAAUUCUAACUUGCCUUCAGUGGAAAUUAUUGGGAAGCCUGUAUUUUCAGUAAAGAUUGGCAAAGUUGUUGCACGUUCACUGUAUUUUGAAGAUGGUUGUUCAGCCAAUAGCUCUAGUUCUUCACAGAUUUCAAAUGAGUUGAACAUUGAAAGCUCCACCAUAACUUCUGUGUUGAAUAGAAAAUUAAGCAUCAGUUCUGAUAGUGAAGAUGAGAGUUUUGACUGUAAUCUGGACAGCGAUGAAGAAGAAAUGCUCUUGCCACUGCAAGAUAUCCUGUCCUCAACGUCAAAGUCACGUGCUGGAACUCCAGAGGGAGCUUGUCUUGAGGAUCUUUCACAGGACUCCUUGACUCCAUCACCCAAACGUCCUCUUUCUAAGAUUCCUGUUGUGAGUCAAGUGUCUUAUGUGAACAGCCUAGAGCAUCUCUUGAAGGAGAAGGAAGAAUCCAAAAGGGUAGAUGAACUAGAGAAACAACUGCAAGAAGACAUGCAGGAAAUUGGACUAAAUUCUUCAACUGGAGACGAAGAGCAAGAAAACUCUGAUGAAGAUAGAGAUCUAUCAGAAGAACACAGGGCAUUUAUAAAGAGGUUUUCAGUAGUAUCUGAUGCCAUUCCUGAUUCUCAUCCUGGAGAAGAAAUAUUUCACUUCUCAAACUCUGGGAACAUCUUCAAUCAGCAAAACCUUGAUUUGAGGAAUUCUGGUUUCAUCCCUCAAAAUCCUAUAGAAAAACUCCUUCUUAGAUCAGAAGUAACACAGCAACUUUCUUUAGCAACUCAGGGUUUCCUCAGUUGUGCUUACAGUUGUACGCAGUGCCCCAUGCCAGUUCUGAAGUGGCUGUUUCAGAUGAUGUCAGUUCAUUCAGACUACUAUGUUUCAGUGCAGAUUUUGGAUACGCUGAUGGAGAUAACAAUUAAAAAUGCUUCCAUCAAUGAUGCACAGUCUAAAGCGUGGAUUCCCUCACUGUCUGAUAUAUCGGCUAUAUUUAUCAAUAUGGGAGUGCCUUUUAGAUCUUUAUUUCCUCUGCAGCAUCUACAGCCCACCUUUAGUGAAGAUGAUAUUUUAUCUGAAAUGCAAAUAACAGUGGGAAAACAAACAAGUGGAGAAACCUCUGCAGGUCCCGCUUUUUCUUGUCUGCCAGAAACCAACCUAAUUAACGUGGUCAAGUUUCUUGGUUUUUGUACAACUAUGUAUCCGGACGGGUAUGCGGACCAGGAGCUGCUGCUGGUGCUGGUACUGCUGUUUAAAAUUAGCCUGGAAAAACGACUGCAGCAAAUUCCGUUGAUCGAUCUUCAGGGCCUGCUGUUAAACCUACUGAAAAAUAUCAGAGACUGGGAUGCCCAGAUGCCUCAGCUCUGUCUGACAAUUAGUGAACUUUCCAGUCAUCACCAUGAUCUCCUUUGGUUAGUUCAACUGGUCCCUAGCUGGGUAAAGCGUGGAAGACAAAUAAGACGACACCUUAGCCUAACGAUAAUUUCAAAGCUUCUUAACAAAAAGUAUACAAGUUUACCUGUUACCAGUGACCUGCAGAUGUCUCUUCUAUAUCAGUAUCUGGUGCAGAUGAAGCCUUCUGACUUAUUACAGAAAAAGAUAGAAGCAAGAAAGGAGCAACAGGAUGACCUCAGUGGAGAGUCUGUCCGUACAGAACUAGAGCAGCAGGCCUACUAUCUGACCUACAGUCUUCUUCACUUGGUCAGUGAAGUUAGUUGUUUUGACGUUGUGAAUUCUAAUCAGAGGAAGUACUUACUGAGGCUCUGCGGUGCCUUAGAAAAACAUGUGAAGUGUGAUAUUAGGGAAGAUGCAAGGCUAUUUUAUAGAACGAAGGUAAAAGACUUAGUUGCUAGGAUAUAUGGCAAGUGGCAGGAAAUGAUACAAAAUUCUCGGCCUACUCAGGGGAAGCUGCAUGAUUUCUGGGAGCCAGAUUUGUGAAACAUAAGCCAGGUCAGAGAAAACAACAAAGAGAGAAAUUGAACAAGAACUUCUUUUGCAACCAAGGAAGACUUUCCAAGAGGAUUGAAACUCUAGCCUGGUCAAACAGACUAAAUCAACAACUUGAAUCAAAACUUCAGCUUGGUGCAGGCAACUAGAAAAAACAUAACCUGUGCAAUUGAUUUCUGACUUUGAUAGAUACAGUAACAUUCCUGAAAAAUUGUAUAUAUGUAUGUGCAAGAUUUAAAAAAUACCUUUUCUUCAGUAUGUCUAUCUGAAUUGUCCACUAGUCUUCUAUCCUAUUGAAAGCUGAGAGAGUUUUCUCAUUUCCCUUCCCUUGCUAAUCACUACAAUGUAAAACUAUGGGUAAUAUACUUUCUUUUGUUCUGUUGCCCAAAUGCAUCCAUAAGUAUUGCUAAUGCACAGCUAGAAAAUGAACAGCCAUGAAUUGAGUGUGCGAAGUAGGAAAUGGUGGCCCCUCAAUGAAAGGGAUGGGGACUGCGGUGUAAAUAGUGGUCCAGGCAGAUUGACUGUUGAACUUUUCUUUGUUCCAUGGCUGUGCUGUACCCAUAAACAAAGGAGAAUUUAAGAGGUCAUUACAGUGAUGUAUUAGGUUCAAUUUAAACUUAAUUUUCCUCCUUCAUGCUUUAGCAAGUCUGUGUAAUUUAUAUAUAGUGACAGUGUGCAGAAAAUUAAGUUGUAUGUAAGACGAAUAUUACAAGGAGAAAUCUUCGUGCAACAUUAAUAUUUGCUGUCACAGUAUCCAAAACACAAAUUUCACCUGUUUAUGUAUGUAGUCUGACUUCAGCACCUUUCUGUAAAUGACCAAAAUAUCAACUUAAAAAUAUCAAUUUUAAAAUAUCACCUUAGAUUUGGGAAAAUGAGAACUUAUUUGACUUUGCCAAUGUCGAAGUAGCUGAGAGAUAUGUCAUAUUAGACUUGUCCAAAAUCAUUUGUGCUAAAUUUUGCCCUUAGAGGUGUGCUCAAACUCUUGUUGAAAUCUUUGAGCUGUGUGUAAUAUUCUAAGGACAAAAUACCUUUGUUUGUGAGCAAAUGUUGGCACUCACUACUUAUAGUGUGCUUAGCAUACCACUUCAUCUAUGAAAUAUAUGUGCUUAAAUAGAUAAGUUCAAGUAUUUGGUAGAAACAUCAACAAGAAUCUUUUGCUAAUUAAAACUUAGGCUAUGUCUACAUGGCCCUCCAGUUCAGACUACCAGAGUUUGAACUGCAGUAUGCACAAGCUGUAACUGCCCCAUGUGGAUGCUGCUGGUGCAAACUAAAAGGUGUACCUAGUUUGUGUGAAUGCAGUCCUCUUUUUUUAAAAACAGGACUGCAUUAAUGCAAGCUAAGUACCUUUUAGUUCACGCUCUCAGGGUCUAUAUGGGGAAGUUACAGCAUAGCAUACUAGUGUGGGCUGCGGGGUUGUGUUGGCAAGCCCAGAGAUUCUAGUGAUAUCAACAUAGAAUACACAUGUAAUGUUUUUUUCUUUGGUUUUACAAGUAUUAAUUGUACUUAUGGUUGAUUUGUAUAAUAAAAUUCAUAUUCCAAACUCUUUCCCAGGAAAAAAUAGCCAAAAAAGACUCAAUUUUAAAAAAAGCUCCCUCAUGUAAAUAUGUAGAAGAAACUAUUAUAGAAUUGUGGAGUGACCUGUAAGGAGGAGAAAAGUAUCCUUACCUGACUUUAUUUGCUUUUGACACUCGCUGCUAAAUUGCUUUUCAGACUAUUUCUUGUCCUCCAUUUCAAGCGUUAGUGUGUGAGUUUAUUAAUAAAGUCGAAAGCCACAGCAUCUUUGUGCCUUUCACAAGGUCUUCACGUGUUAGAACAAGAUUCAUGGUGAUGGCUCUAUUAAAAACAAAGAAACAAAAAAUCUUAACCUGUCACCAGGAUUUGGAGAAAUCUACCUCAAGGGUAUUUUUUUGUUUGGGUAAUGUAGGGUAGGGGACUUCUCUCUCUACAGUUUGUCCUAUAUAAAUGCAUCCUUUAGUGUCAGAUUGUUAUUCUGUGACUAUAUUAUUGUACAUAAUUUUAUUAGUGUUUAUAUUUUUCUCACAUUGUGUAAAGUUUAAAAAAAGUGCCGAAUAUAUUGGUUUUUACUUACUGUAAUUAAUGUGUAUAUAUUUUCUUACUAAGUGAAGAGGAGGCUCCUGUCUUGUACAUUUCUGAGGACUGGUAGGUGAGGGUUUGGACAGCCAGUCUCGUUUUUUAUUGGAGUUCAAAGCCAAUUGAAACUGCUGAUUUUUUCAGAUUAAAUAGCCACUUUGAUAUUUGCUUUUUUAUUUAAUAGCUCCAAUGGAAAAUAAAGCUAGAAUUGUUUUUUAAUUAGAUGUCUCUGCACAUAAAACAGGCAGUCAUGCAAAUAAGAACUUUCACUUCGUGAAAAAUCACUGCACAUCCUAUUUCUGUCUUACUGCAAUGCCUUACAAUACGUCUUGAAGUAACAGCACACGUACUCCUGUACUUUUUUCACUUUUGCAUUUUUUGUAAACCCUGGGAUUUUUCCUUUCUCUUUUGAUUUGUACACAAUCACUUUCAACUCUCCUGUGUUUGAAGGAACAGCUCCCCAGCCAGUGAAAGUUGGACAGUGGUUCUGUGGGAACCACUAUCAUUGAUUUACAGAGAUGGUCCCAAAGCUUUGCUUCAGUGUCAUGCCAGGGAUUCCUUCCAUUCGCCUGUCAUCUCUUCUGAGCUCAGUACUGCCUCCAGUACUGCCGGCUGCUGCCAACUUUGACCGAAUCCAUGGCUGUUGUGCUUUGCUAGCCCACUGUGCUCCUGCUAGCUCCCUAUGAUGCUAAUGCUCCUCUGGAGAAAGGCUAAUUGCACCAUUAAUGUGUCACCACUUCUGCUGUCUUCAAAUAAGCACUUUGCACUGAGGUUUAUCUUUCAAAAUGAUGCUAGCUGCACCGAGAGCCACUUUAUCUCAUUCCAUGGGUAAUUAGGUACACGUUGCUACGCUGUCACAGACAGGAAAUGAAAGGAUGGCUACGCAGUGUACAUUCAUGCUUCUACGCAACACAUUUAUUUUACUGACAAGCAUUGUUUGGUUUACAAAACUAGAUCAAUAAAAUGUUUUUAAAUUAAGAAAAUCUGGUAGCACAGUGGUAACAAACAUUUGUACUCUACCGUCUUGUCCCUAUUACUGUGCUUUGGUCUUAAGUAUAUGAGUUGGGCUUUUCUACAGUGCCUAAAUGAUUUGAGUUCAAGUCCCAUUGAAAAGUCAGUUGGGACUUACACUUCACAGGUGCGUUUGAAAAACUUCAUUCAAGGUGACAGUUGUGAGAACUUUUUGAAGCCUAUGAAGGGAAUUCAGCUGUUGAGCUUAGUGGAUCUCAGGUGAAUAGAACAUCAGGGACAUAUGGCAUAUGUAUAACUUGUUGGGUGCAUAUCAAGAUCAGUACAAUAGGUGGAUCAUGGAAGUAAACACGUUUUUAACAGAAAAUGCUUUUUGAUAAAAUUAUUAAUGGGUUGUGCAAUUUUAGCUAUUCAAGCUCUAUACACUUGGAGUAUGGAACUAAUGUAUCUAGAUAUUAUGAUCUGUAUAGGUUCUUAUACCAUGCCUAUUACUGUAGUAUCUGAACGCUUUCAUUACUGCAUUAAGCAAUGUGACCACAAAUCUGCAACAUGUGAUUUGUUUUCUCCUUCCAAGGAGAGAAAUAUGUAUGCAGUAUAGUGCUCGCGUUAGUGUUUUUUUUUUAAAUGUACAUACUGCUCUGUCAGAAGGCAGCUCUAAGUUGUCUUGCAUUGUAAGUCAGAAGGUGCUGAGGUUCUUGAUGAUCCUUAGUUCUGUGGGAGUUUAUUCCACAGUCUUAGACCAGCUCUACUGCACAGAUGAGCUUUACCCUUCUGGUAGAAAAUUUUGUUGUACCAGAGGAAUAGAGCUCUUUACCACUGUCUUUAUUGAAGAACGUUAACAAUCUUCUAGGAGCGCUGGGCCCAGCCCACUGAGCACCUUGAAGAGAAGGACUGAGACCUUGAACUUGACUUAGUAUUCUAUGGGAAGUCAGUGUAGAGGAUGGAGAUUAAGUUUGAUGUGAUGGCAGUAGCCCAUGAUGCCAAGGUGACCUGCUGCAGAGCUCUGUAUGAGCUGGAGUUUCCUAAGAGCUGAGGGUUUCGUGCUCUGGUGUAUUGCAUUGCUGAGGUGUGGAUAGGCGGUGAAAAUAGUGUCUAACCAAGGGCCCUGCCACUGUCAGGUGGGAUGAGAGCGUCUCCUAGACAAUUUAUAUGGUUCCUCCCAUCUGCCAACUAUUUAAAAAUAGAAAUAAAAAUAAGUCUUCCAUUUUUCCCAGCCUGUAAGAGAGUUUGGUUAGUUUAUAAAUUGGUGAUUUUCUUAUUGUGAGAAGAAUUUGAGUGGGGAGUAGGGUUUGCAGCAUCUAAAUGCAAAAUCUUCCUCUGACUUAACAUAGCGGAUUUCUGUUGUGCUUCCACGGUCUAGGCCUAGCUCCUGAGAAUCUUCUGCCUCCAGCACUCAUGAGCCUGUUGUUUACCCCUUUAUUUUUCAGUGAAAUGUAGUAAUUGUGGGGGAUUCUGGUUGCAGAGGGAGUAGUGACCUCUCAGGAAGCCAAGGCCGAUCCCAUGGAGGAUUUCAAGUACUGCUUGAACUGAAAUGCCUUUCUAUGGCGAAGGAGUGCAGAGAGCAGAGCAUAGGGGUGAUCUGUUCAGUGACGUGUGUUGCUGAACAGAUGGGUUCCUGUGUUUUGUGUCAUUGGGAGCUUUUUUAGGCUCUGUGGCUCCAUGCCUAGCCAAAAGUUUUUCAAUCAAGCCUGGAGGUUAUUGCGGCCAGAUGUGUGCCCGACGUAAUGGGAUAUAAAUCUUUUGGUUGGUCACACAUGGAAGUAGGCAUGUUCUGCCCCCAUGACUGUUGGAGCACCCAGUAGCAUCCCAGGAGCUCUGAGGCGGUGAAAUAAUUUGAAGGCAGGUGCCCUUGAAAAUGGGGGCUGUUAAAGUUCUUCAAAGUGCUUCCCUCUUCCUACCAGCAUCGCUUUAGUCUUGCCUGGGUUCAGCUUUGGGCACCUCCUCUUCAUCCUCAUGGUGAGAAAGUUGAGAGGCGAUGUAGAGCUGGGUGUCUGUGAGUUGCUUGGCACUUCAUCCCCAUUUGUCUCACCGAUUCUUUCAUGACAGGUGUUGAAUAAUAGGGAGCAAUGGAGUCUUGGGGACUCUGCAGGUGACCGCUCUGGGGAUGAAAAUUGCCCAUAAAAACUCCUGGGUUCAGUGUGGGAGAAUACAAUUGAGGUGUUUCAAGGUGGUUACAUUCACCCCAGUCAUGUCUAAGAGGUGGGUAACCUAAUUGCAUAUCCAUGCUGCAGAGAGAUCCAGCAGGAUGAUUAUGGCUGUACUUUCUUUCUCUAUGAAUGGGAGGAGGUCAAUCACCAGAGCUACAAGUGUUUCAUCUCAGGUCCUGGUCUGAAGCUUCACUGAGGGAUCCCAGGGGAGGGUUUUUUUUUGUUUACUAGUUUCUCUAUUUAGCUUGCUUAAAAAUGAAAGACUGACUUUUGCGCUCUUGGAUUGAUGGCAGGUGUUCCAGCUACUCACCUCAAUAUAUAAACACCAUGUUUAGGAUGGCAAAAAAAGAACUCGGUAGCAGGCGUUUGAGUAGUCAGGCUUUUCAGGGCAGGCAGAGGGAAAGUCAACACGCAUUGAUUUUUCCUGUGUUGUUCAAACUGCAGACUUUUGUAAAAGCAGUGUCAUUUGUGUUACAGCUGUGAGCUUUUCCCAGAGGUCACUGUUCACAAUGGUGUUUCUGCCGCUGUUCUGGUCUGUGCACUGAAAGAACAGUGUCAUUCAUAUGCUUUGUCUUAUGCAAGCUGUGGGGAAGAAAAUGUCAAGGAUUUAUUUUGUGACUUUAUACAGCAUUUUGUUGCUUUGUACCUUUUGUUUGAAUGUCUAGUUCUGUAUAUUAAACUUGUUUUGGUA